AUGAGUAAUACGCCUACAAUAACAUUCUCACAAAGCAAUAAAGGCCAGCGUGCACUUGUCUGUGAUGGUAAUGUGUAUCAUUUAAAUAAGUCAUUUUCGAAGGUCAAGUAUUGGCGUUGUGAAAACCGUCUCUGUGCUGCUGUUAUUCAUACUGAUAUCAACGACCAAUUCAAAGUACUCAAAAGUGAUCACUCAAAUCGUCUAUCUUCGCCGAAACACAUCGAAAUUAUUGACUUUAAAUCUAAUAUAAAACAGCGCGUAGUUACUGAAGCUACACCAAUUGGGCGUAUUUACGAUGAAGAAUUAGCCAAAGCUCAAUUGAGUCAAACUGCUCUAAGUAUAGUCGCAUCAACUCAAGAUGCUAAGUCAUCAUUAAAUCGAAUUCGUCGACUUGAAACUCCCCUUCUACCAAAAUCAUGUCGUUUUGAUAUUCCUACUCUUUAUAAUCAUACAAUUAACAUAGAACGAUUUCUAUUUUACGACAAAAUGACACGAAAUAAAAGAAUCCUUAUUUUUGCUACAGAUGAUCAACCACAUGUCCCUUUUAAAGCUAAACACAUAUUAAUGGAUGGCACGUUCUCGUCAUGCCCACCAUUUAUGAAACAAGUUUACACGCUUCAUGCAAUUAAGUUCGAACAGAGUGAUUCUAUCUUUAAGGAAAUGCUUCAACAGCUCGAAGAAGACGUCGAGCGACCUCAAAUGGACUUUGUACCUAAUCAAAUAACAACUGACUUUGAAAAGGCACUUGUAAAAACAUUACGAGAACAGUUUUCUGGAGCUCGUCACACCGGCUGCUUUUCCCGCUCUUGCCAAGCCAUCUACAGAAAGAUUCGAGAACUUGGCUUAAGUAACACAUACAAAGAUGAUACAAAUGUUCGCAAUUUUUGUCGUCGUCUGAUGGUCUUACCCUUUCUGCCACCACAUGAAGUAGAAUUUGCAUUUGAAGAACUUACUGAACAACGCCCAGACGUUCUUGCACCACUUUUCGUCUCUUUCCAUAAUUACUGGAUGAAACAAAAAUAUCUUUGA